CAAGCACUAUCUCGAGAUGAUAUCUGGACCAGUUGGUGCCCCACGUCUCAAGGUUCGCGCCAUCGGUGACACACACGCUCUUAUGAAAAGCGUAUCUGUCGAGGAUGCCAUGGUUCAAGGAAAUUGGUCCUCUCCUGCAAUUGUGGACUCGUUCUACCGCGCGUCACGACAGACGGCCAACAAUUUCACCACUGCAGUUUUUCCCUGAUUUUCUUUAUUUUUCUCUGGAUCCACAGGGAGAGUCCCAUCGAAGAGCAGAAUAAUAUUCAGCGUAGUCGAAUAAG